UGAUACACAGCUGUCAGUAGUUUUGACAGGAGAAGUUUUAAUUCCUUUUCGUUGCAUAAUAAAUUCUUAUUUGUGAUUUUGUGAUAAUUUCCAAUCAAUCAACCGGUAAUUGGUUACCGGUGUAUUUAUUAUACCCCUCAUAAGUAAAUUUUGCAUUUGUUUUACUACUUUUUUAAACAUGUUCUCUCGUCGCUUUAUACAGGCGUCGGUAGGCGCUGCUCGCCAGAAGCACACUCUUCCAGAACUGCCCUAUGAAUACAGUGCUCUGGAGCCAGUGAUCAGCAGGGAGAUCAUGAGCCUGCACCACAGCAAGCAUCACGCCACAUACAUUAACAAUCUCAAUGCUGCUGAAGAGAAACUUGCUAAAGCACAGGCUAAUGCAGCAGAUACGAACACGAUAAUACGUCUUCUAAAUGUUAUCAAGUUCAAUGGCGGUGGCCAUUUGAACCAUUCUAUCUUAUGGCCAAACCUAUCCCCUUCCAAAACUGAAGCUAGUGCCGAGUUGAAAGAUGCUGUAAAUAAGGACUUUGGCUCCUGGGAUAACAUGAAGAACCAACUGGCUGCGGCAUCUGUAGCUGUCCAGGGAUCUGGCUGGGGCUGGCUCGGUUACAACCAGCAGAUGAAGAAACUGCAGAUUGCCACUUGUCAAAAUCAGGAUCCUUUGCAAGCAACCACAGGUCUCGUGCCCCUAUUCGGUAUCGACGUGUGGGAGCAUGCCUACUACCUGCAAUACAAAAACGUCAGGGCUGACUACGUAAAGGCAAUAUUCGAUGUCGCCAACUGGGGAGAUGUCUCGAAGAGAUACGAAAAUGCCUUGAAGUAAAAAGUAAAAUGAAGUAGCAGAGCAAUAUCUCAAUUUUAUUUGGUUACGCCUACAGCCAUCUGUCUAGAUGUAAAGCUUUAUAUUACGUUUUUCACAUGGUGAACACCCGCAAUAGAUGCAUGUGAUGAUAAAAUAAGUUUUAGAUUUUUUUUCCAAGAACAA